GUGUGCCCUGACGAGCCGUUUGGGUGAUAAAACUCCCGCGAGCUCGGCUGCUCCCGCUUCAGAGUCUCGCGGCUGCGGCUCGGAGCGGUGUGAAGUCCGGUGUUGGAUGUCUGACGUUACUGCAAGAGGAGCACAUCUCAUAAAAAUGGCUGUUUUAGCAGUUUUUUUACCCGCAUUGGUCGCGAUUACAGCAGUGUUUGGAUUAGAUGCUGAUUUUCAGGUUGACCUGAUCAGAGAGCUGGAUUUGGCCAAUGCUACACAUGGAAUAAGCCAAACUGCAGGUCUUCACAACAGCAGCAAAGCAUUUCAUUUUCAAGAUGCCAGGAGAACCAUUCAGGUUCCAUCUCAAAUCACAGACCAAAUCCUGGAGUUGCUCCGAAACAAAAACGAGUUCACAUUCAUGGCCUCCAUCCAGCAGAAGGCGUCCACAUCUGGAGUUUUCUUCUCCAUCCACGAGUCGGAGCACAGCUACUUUGAACUGGAGAGUAGCGGACUUCGAGAGGAAAUCCGCUACAGGUACUGCCACAAAGGAAAACAGCGAUCGGAGACGUUCCCAUAUCGAUUAGCUGACGGUCAAUGGCAUAAAAUUGCUCUGUCCAUUAGCGCCAGUCAGUUACUGCUUCACGUGGACUGUAACAGGAUAUACGAGCGAGAGCUAGGCCCUUUUGAGAUGAAUUUAUCUGCAGGAAGCAGAAUUUGGAUCGGACAACGCAGCCAAGGACAUGGACUCUUUAAGGGCUCGAUGCAGGAUGUCAGAUUUGUUUUUUCUUCAAACGGCUACAUGGUGCAGUGUCCCAGCCUUAAUCGCACGUGUCCAACAUGCAGUGAUUUUCUCAGCCUUGUUCAAGGAAUAAUGGAUCUGCAGGACCUUUUGUCUAAAAUGACAUUGAAGCUGAACUACGCUGAAUCCAGACUGAGUCAGUUAGAAAGCUGUCACUGUGAAAGGACGUGCAGCGUCAACGAUGUCACAUAUCGAGACAAAGAGCUGUGGACCGAACCAGAAAACUGCAGAACCUGUGCUUGCAUGGACGGCGCCGUCGAGUGUCGGAGGAUAUUUUGCCCGCCUGUGAACUGCUCGGAGGAUUUUCUCCCCGUCCACGUAAACGGGACGUGCUGUAAGAAAUGCAGAUCUAAGUGCUCCUACCUGGGCCGAGCACUUUCAGAGGGUCAGCGUGUUUUCCUACAGAGCUGUAAAGAAUGCAAGAAUGGAGUGAUGGAGCCAGUGGAUGAAAGCUGCCCGAGUCUGAACUGUACAAUAAACGAGCAGAUUUUGCCGGAGAACAGAUGCUGUAAUGUCUGCAGAGGUCAUGAUUUCUGUGCAGAAAGAGUUCUCUGUGGAGAAAACUCACUUUGCAAAAACCGCAAUAACAAAGCAGAGUGCGAGUGCAGGAGCGGCUACACGGCCAUACAAGGAGAUUCGACCUACUGUGAAGAUAUAGAUGAGUGUUCCACACAGAUGCACUACUGUCAGGCCAACACUGUGUGCGUUAAUUUACCUGGAGGUCAUCGGUGUGACUGCCUUCCAGGGUUCUCCAGAGUGGACGACUUCUCCUGCACAGAGCGUGAUGAGUGUGUCAGUGGCCAGAGCUCGUGUGAUGAGAAUGCCAUCUGCACCAACACUGUCCAUGGCCACCUGUGCACCUGUAAGCCAGGGUUCAUGGGUAACGGCACCAUCUGCACAGCGGUUUGUAAGGAUGUCUGUCUCAACGGAGGAACUUGUGCGUCUCCAAACACUUGUGUGUGUCCUUCAGGCUUCACUGGCGGACUCUGUGAGACAGAUGUUGACGAGUGUGUAGAAGGUUUUGCUCAGUGCCACACACGCUCUCUAUGUGCCAAUCUUCCCGGAUGGUACCACUGCCAGUGUCGGAGCGGUUUCCAUGACGACGGCUCUCACCUGCCCGAUGGCAGCUCCUGCGUGGAUAUUGACGAAUGUACCAUGCAUACACACACAUGUUGGAACGACUCGGUGUGUGUGAACCUGCCAGGAACCUUUGACUGUGUGUGUGUGAAUGGCCCAGAAUGCACCGGGGACUGCAUACAAGGUGAAGAGCUAAAACACAACGGACAAGAGUGGAGCCUUGGUCACGAUCACUGCACUGUGUGCACCUGUAAGGACGGGAGAGUGUUCUGCAGACGGCGAGCGUGUGACUGCUCCGAUCCUGACCUGGAUCUGUCCUGUUGUCCGGAGUGUGACACGCGCCAGAGCAGUCAGUGUGUUCAUCAGAACGGAUACACACUUUACCACAGCGGAGAAUCCUGGAUCUAUAACUGCCAAAAAUGUCGAUGCCUGGAGGGAGAUGUGGAGUGUUUAUCUCUCUCCUGUCCCGUCCUGUUGUGUAAUCACUCGACCGUGCUGGAGGGGGAGUGUUGUCCUCGCUGCAUUUUUGACCCCUGUAUUGACGACACCCAGACCUCUGACCCCACGCAGACGUGUCGCGACCCCACCGGCAUUGCGCGUCUCAGCGGUGCCAUGUGGAGCGAUCCCAGUGCACCAUGCACCACCUGCAAAUGCAAGAACGGGAGAAUCUGCUGCUCCGUCGAUUUGGACUGCGUCCAGGACGAUUAACCGCCUCAGUUUUUCAUCUUUUUUUUCCCCCUCCACUCCUUGUGAACCAGACGGAGUUUCAGAAGUCUGUUUUAAAGCUCCUUUGGCACUGACAUUCACACGGUGGACGACAUCCUGGGUUUACAGCUUCAUCUCAGCAGCAUUUUACACAAAAAGACAAGUGCAACUGCAAUACUGUACACAUCACUGUAUUCCACUAGCACCGGAAGCCGCUCCUGAGUAUGAAGUAAAGCACAUCUAAAUGGAAACGUAUACUGACUCUAAAAAAAAUGUAGAAUAACUUUUCUUCUUUUUCUCUAUCACUCUUUUCUCCCAUUAGUGUUGCCGUAAUUUAGCACUCUGUUGUUGUUUUUAUUGUUUCCAUAAUCCCUCCGUGUGUGUGUGUGUGUGUGUGUGUGUGUGUGUGUGUGUGUGUGUGUUUCACAAAGAUCUUAUGUACAAAGGAAGGAGUUUCUAUACAUACAGUAAAUAUAUAAAGGUAUAUAUGCCUGCUUGUAAUGUGUCACAACACUGUACAACCUUUGUUUCCUCUUGGGUGGCACUUGAAAACCAAUAUUCCCUCCUCUUCCUCAUUCACAAAGCUCCGCCCACAUUUCUGUUUUCCCCCACUGAUUGAGAUUCUGAAGCACACGUCAUUGUUGCUGAAUAUAAACAAGACUCUGACUUAAAAAAAUAUAUUAACCAAGGAGAGACACAUCCUCUCCAUCUGUGUGUUUGUAUAUAUAUAUAUAUAUAUAUAUAUAUAUAUGUGUGUGUGUGUGUGUAUGCGUGUGUGUAUGUGUGUUUGAGAGAGCCCUUUGGACCUAAACAAGCACCGGGCUAUGAGGCAUUUAUGAGAUUUGUAAAGUAGCUUGUAGAUGAUCUUAUCUGAAAUUUAAAGAAAAAUAUUAUAUUUAAAGAAAACAACAUUCCCUGUGAGAGACAUACUGGAUGAGUUCUGAAGAGAGGAGGCAGAGGGAGGGGGCGUAUUGGGGGUGGGGUAAUUGGUGUGCUGUUAAAUUAUUUCCUUUUGUAUUCCUCUAUUUGUUUUCUGAAAUCCUUAUACAAGUGCCCAGCUACAGUAGUUAGUGAUUUAGGUCUGUAGGUGAUGAUUAGCUGCUACAGGAGCAUGUUCUCAGUGUAAUACAGCCUUCUUGGUGAUUUUUACCCCUUGGUAUAACAUUAGCUAAUAUUCUACAUUUAAUUCCUAUUUCAUGGAGCCCUUAACUCCAUAUACUGUCACCCACAUAGCAUGUGACCUUAGCAUAAGCUGUUUCAGUGAUCUGGAAAGAACUGAAAUUUGUUUGUAGGCAUUUUUUAGCCUGUUUGAGUAGGCUAGCUAAACAUAUUUAUUGCGCUAGCUAGCUAGCUAAUGACAAAGUAAAUAUUAAAGCUACCUGAUUAGUGUUACACCAAAGCUGAAUAUUAACUAGCCAGCUAGAUUUUUAGCUAGUAAUCAGUGCAGUAGUUCCAUGCAUUGUCAGAUGUGUGGAGAAUAAACAAAACUUAAAAGCUCAAUAUCGGAAUGUUCUGCUAGUCAGAAAGUCACUGAGUCAGUAGUUUAAAGGCCUCUAGUAAGAAAAACAACCCAUCAUGGACUGCAAGGUGCUCAUUAACCCUAACAGUUCCGAGAACCAUGAUAUAAUUUUCAUGAUCAGGACUGAGGAACGCUGUGACCCAUUUUACCCUUCGAGAUUUAGAAAGUUUCUACUAUUUAGCUCAUUCGUUCGCUAGCAGACGGCUACGACAGAACAGAUGUUUUGACACCUGCCUUGCAACUUCCAUGUGUAACCCAGUGUCUAUGCACACAAAAGCUCUGUAAAACACAUGAUGAACAAAAAACAAAGUGCAGUGAUUUAUUUAAUGUUACCCAUUUAGCACAAAACUAGCCGACUAGCUACAAGCUAGCAUAUAGCCUUCAUUAUAAUGAAAGCUAGCUAAUUUAUAGGAAGCAAACAGAAGCUAGCUAGCAUAAUUUAAAUUUUUACCAUUUUAAAUAAAAAAAAAAAUGUGUGUGUGUGUGUGUGUGUGUGUGUGUGUGUGUGUGUACAAUGUUCUCAGAAGACAACUGUGUGUGUAUUUAUUUUUGGUCGUCUUUUGUGUAAUAUAUUUGUCCUGUAUGACUCUCUGUAGCAUCCCUCAGGCUUAAGAAAAGAUGCUCUAUUAAAUCAACUGGAUUAUUUUAUGGUUCAGUUUGUUUAUAUGUGUGUCCUCUUUUGUAAAUAUAGUAGAACGCUGUGGACUCUGUAAAGUAAAGAAUCGGCAUGUGGCUGUGGUCCUUCACUCUACUGUGUUUAUUCCUCCUCUAGGGUGUUUCAUUUUACAGUUUUGACAUACAGAUCAGAGGAAAUCUUUACCAUUAACUGGCACCGGAUAACAGUUAGCAUCCUGUACAUAACGCUGGGCUAAUGUGUAUAAACUGGUGUGUGUUUGCUGAGGUGAAAUAUGCAAAGAUGAGAGCAGUGGAGCUUUUUAUCAACACACUGUUUGAAAUGUCACAUGCAGCUUCGGCUCAUGAUCUCAGUGAGCCUCUAGCUGAGAAAUGUAAUGCAGCUCCAUCAAGAGCGAAAGUGUGGAAGAAUUAUUUUUACUUCUGGUCAUCAGCAGCCAUUUGAUAGCAAUGCAAUUACCUUCUGGGUAAGUUUGGCUGCUCAAAUCUGCAGUGACGCCAACACAUUUGACUCGAGAUGAUCGAUGAUGAUGAUGGAGUAAGAUGGCAGUGAAGAUUCACCCAAGCAUUAUUAUUAUUAUUAUUAUUAUUAUUAUUAUUA